CCAAUCCACUUCGGAGUUAGCAUCGCUCCGGCGACAUGUAUGUUCGUCUGGCUGUYGUGUUGGUCUUCUCACUAGUGGCUUUUUCAGAGCAAGAAUUGAUGAACGGAAAUCGCCUCGGCUUUCUUAAUCGUAACAAUCUUUUGAGGAACGUCCGAGGUUUUCGAAGAUUUCAAGACGAUGUUGAUAAAGAUGGACAAUGUGGGUUAGUGARCUCGGGUAGCUCGCGCGUUGUAUCAGGUGACGAUGCUAYCCUUGCGGAGUGGCCAUGGCAGGCGCAGUUAAAUCUUAUUCAGCCGGAGUCUGGUGAUCUCCAGUUCUUCUGCGGUGGAUCUUUGAUUGACARGGAAUGGGUAUUAACCGCUGGCCACUGUAUAAUAGASGACGAYYACACCAAAUAUGUAGUAGACAUCGGAGGAAUCGAUCGCAGAAAGUUUGAAGUAUCCGAACAGGUGUUCAGGGUGAAGAGAAUAAUCAAACAUCGAUUGUACAACAUCGGUGUACCUUAUAUGAAUGAUAUUGCGUUACUGCAGCUGUCACGCAAGGCACGMAUCACGCCAUUUGUYAAYACUGUUUGUUUGCCGAGAGAAGGAGAGAAAGUUCCUCCUGGAUCCAAAUGUUUCAUUUCAGGCUGGGGACAAAUGCUUCAUCCAGGCGAUUCAGCCGAGUUUUUACAACAAGCUGCGAUGCCUGUAGUCACAAAUCGGGMAUGCGCAGAGAAGCUGGAUUCUUCACCCAACGGAGGCCUACGCACCGAUAAUCGGACUUGGCACGUGACGAACGACAUGCUGUGUGCAGGGGAUGCCGGGAAGACGAAGACCAAUGGGUGCUUCGGUGACAGCGGUGGUCCGUUUGUUUGYAAGGAUAAAGAGAGUGACCGCUGGGUCCUUCAAGGAGUGGUGAGCUGGGGCGAUCCUGAUUGCUCAUCGUCCAAUCACUAUACCGUGUUUACGCGUGUCAGUAGUUACAUUGACUGGAUCAAAAGGCAGACAGAUAGAUAUACUGAUUGAUAAAUAAUAGAUGUAUUAUCAUAAAUAUCAGGGAUGAAUUUAAAAUGAUAAAGUUUUGAUAACUUAGUGGAACUACUUCCUCGAGUACGGAAAACACAACUGAUUCAGUAAAGGAARACUCUAUGAUCUCUAUUCAAGACACAGACAUGAAAAACAUGUGAAAAACCUCUAUAUUAUAGACAMACUGAUUUAUACCUAUACUGUCACUUUUCUACUAUGAAGACASCCCUUUACAUUGGGGACAGAGAACCUCUCCAUAUAACGAUCACCUCUGUUUUGCUAACAUUCUUUAGGUCUCCGUUACAAGUUUCACUUGUUUUCAUAAAUACAAAGUAAGCUUUCUUUUGACAUCUAAAAAAAUAGAAUAAAGAKAGCAGAAUGUCCAACAAUCUGCAACACUGGUUCUGGCWAAAAAAGGAAACRGAGAAGCCCUKGKAARGAGUCACAAGAGGARCGAGAGACUUGCCAGAUAAAUUGAAUUAAGGGUUUUUGUUAUUUGUAUAUUUAAAUUGAUAAAUAAAAUAAACCUUAGAUGAUU